UUUAUCUGUUUACUUGGACGGUUCUCUCGUUCUUGUUUAUUAGUAGUUUUAAGUAUUACACCGAUGAAUCGAGUCCUCAGUCGUACUCUUUGGAACGUAAAGUUGAAUCUACGUGUCCCAAUGGCUCGAAACGCGUCCUACCUGAUUGAAGAUCCAAAGUAUUCCUUCCUAAAGGAUUUGGGGUUGGAGAAGACUAACGUCGGUGUGUUCAAUGGUAAAUGGCAAGCCAAUGGAAAGGUAAUACAAUCAUUCAGUCCGGCUAACGGAAAAGUUAUAGCUGAGAUCCAGAGCGCUAGUUCUGCAGACUACGAGUCAUGUGCGAAGGCGGCUGAGGAUGCCUGGUACACGUGGGCGGAGCUACCGGCGCCAGCAAGGGGCGAAGUCGUCAGACAAAUUGGUGACGCUUUGAGAGAAAAACUUCAGCCUCUUGGACAGCUUGUGUCUUUGGAAAUGGGUAAAAUUCUUCCCGAGGCCAUAGGUGAAGUUGUGGAAUACAUCCACGUAUGUGACCUGGCGCUGGGUUUAUCCCGGACACUACCAGGAACAAUGUUCCCGUCAGAAAGGCCUGGGCACGUAUUAAUUGAGAAGUGGAACCCACUGGGUGCUAUUGGAAUCAUCACAGCAUUUAAUUUCCCCGUCGCGGUCUUUGGAUGGAACAGCGCGAUCGCUAUGGUUUGCGGUGAUGUCAGUGUCUGGAAGCCAUCAGAUACAACUCCCUUAAUCUCAGUGGCUGUCACAAAGAUUGUGGAAAGUGUUUUGGUGAAGAACAAUAUUCCUGCCGCUGUUGCUUCACUCUGUGUGGGAGGAAAGGAUAUUGGUGAACAACUGGUGAAGGAUUCUAGAAUGAAGCUGGUCUCGUUUACCGGCAGCACGGCUGUUGGACAACAAGUGGGAGUCGAAGUACAAAAACGUUUUGGGCGACAUCUACUGGAGCUGGGCGGCAACAAUGCUAUCAUCGUUAACUCAGACGCGAAUCUUGAUUUGUUGUUGAACGCAGCGUUGUUUGCAUGUGCAGGCACAGCUGGCCAGAGGUGCACAACUACUAGGCGAUUACUUAUUCAUAAAAAAGUAUACAACGAAGUAGUGACAAAAUUGAAGAAGGCAUUCUCUGGCGUUGUUAGCAAAAUCGGUGAUCCGCUACUUAGUGACACGCUCAUUGGUCCGCUGCACACGCCCGCGGCGGUUGAAGCGUACAAAAAAACUGUCGAAGAGGUCAAGAAACAAGGCGGUACUAUUGAAUUUGGAGGAAAGAUAAUAGAACGUGAUGGUUAUUUCGUGGAACCCACCAUCGUAACUGGUCUUCCACAUGACUCUCCAUUGGUGCAGACCGAGUGCUUCGCUCCUAUCGUCUACUGUUUAGAGAUCCCCGACCUUGACACCGGUAUUAAGUACAAUAAUGAAGUGGAACAGGGACUUUCUUCAAGUCUUUUCACUGAGAAUUUAGCGGAUAUUUUCAAGUGGAUAGGGCCUCACGGAUCUGACUGUGGAAUAGUAAACAUUAACAUUCCCACAAAUGGCGCUGAAGUCGGAGGCGCCUUUGGAGGUGAAAAGGCAACUGGAGGCGGACGGGAAUGUGGCUCUGACAGUUGGAAGAAUUACAUGAGACGGUCAACUGUCACUAUCAAUUACUCAGGGGCAAUCAAACUGGCACAGAACAUCAAAUUCGGAGAUGAGUAGAUAUCAUUCCAAAUUUAGUUCUGUUAGUUCUGUUUAAGCACAUCAAGCAUUUUAUCUGUCAGGUAACUAAGAUAUGAAGACUGAUAAUUAAUAAAACUUUUCAUGAUAAAAAUACCCUUUAAUAAAUUUGUAAUAAA